UUGUUGGAGCAUGGAAUCGUUGUUUUGAAGCCUCGAGAGACGUACAUGCUUCACGUUGUUUUUGAGCCCAAACUCUGUGCUUUUUUUCGAAAUGUUCUGCAAAUCAGUGUACUCAAUGCUGAAUGUAUCAAAUAUUCGGUGAGGAUUUUUUUCGGGCUUAUUACCGUUCCAUUACAUGGAAGCGGUGGAGUUGCAGCACUGCGUGUUUUGGCGCAACCGGAGCUACAGAUGCUGCGCGAUGGAGAUGCAUUUUUACGCCUUAUUGUUCUCGAUAAAGAAACGAAGAAACCGGUAAAAGGAUCUGUUGUUACACCAUCGGAUUGUGUUUGCAUACUACGUCGUGGUACCCAGGUAUUUCAGAGUUUUCUGCUUAGAUGA